AUGCACUCGAUGCCAACGUUCUAUGCACCCGGCUUUCCAUUCAUGCACAAAAUACGCGAGGGGCCGACGUCGGCUCUCGAGCAUAUUCGCACGCUCUAUCGAACGCCAACGUUUCUGGACAUGCCGAAGCCUGUGUCUGACGAUCCAGACACCAUCGCUCUAGCGAUAGAGCCAGAACUCAAGCGGGCUUGUUUCGAGAGCGAGAUCUUACUCCUCUUUGCCGACAUGAUGAACGAUCCGGCCUUCAUGAGGCAUUCUUCACUUUUCGCGCUGUCUGUCGCCAGAUGCACCCAGAUCCUAUUCCGCGCCUGGCUCCUCGACUUGCUCGACAAAAACGAGAACCGCUUCCCGCCAAAAAUGACCUUGAUGUCCAUUGACUCGGCUGCUACUUUCUGGCACAAACUUGAGUCGGCAUGCACCACCUUCUGGAACGACAGGGCCUUCAUCUCUGGCCUACGUGACCGGAAUACAGGUGUGAUACUCGCCGAGCUUCAAGGCAUACUGUGCACUCUCCAUACCAUGAAAUUGCAGUCAGCCAUCAUGGGAAGAUUGCGUAGCAAACCCGACAUAUCUACCGCAUUGGUGAAGACUGCGGUGUUAUUCUUCGUCCUGUCCCACAUAAACAUCGUUGGCAAGGCAGAGGAUUACUUCCGUAGAAUCUAUACGGGAAGUUGUGAGGGUACAUUGGCGCUCCUGUCUUAUAUGUUUGCCAUGCGUCGCCACCAUCGGACAAGCGGGGACGCUGACGCAUUGUCGAAGUAUGACCAAGCCCUCGCGGAGAUCAUGCAAGACGUUGGCGCCGGCCCUCUCCUCCGCGCUAUCCUCGAGGGCAUGAUGCAAGCGAGGCUCGCGAAUGGAUUUCUACGUCUGAGAGAUUGUCUUUCAGUCUGCUCUGAGCUCUAUCAUGAUUCAGGGGAGGCGUCAUUCAGAGAAGUAUAUCUCCAGAUGCCCGUUCAGCCAACGAUGAAGGCAAUGCUCAAACCGAUGAUGCCCCAUUCAGUCAACGGUGACGAUCCCGAGACCGACAGGCCUGCGCUACAAACAUACGAAAUCGCUUGGAACCAUAUGUCUAUCAUUGGUACAGCUCUUCGAACCGGUGGUAUUUCCCCGUCGCUAAUCGAUCUCGGAUUUGUCUGGGGUCUGAUGCUGGAAUGUGUCACUGCCCUCAUGGAGACCAGCAUCAAGAUACACUUGAACGAACACAUGGACGUAGACUCGAGGAAUGAGGAUGUGGCGACCUUGGCCCCUUAUCUGCAAUCAUUUGAGACUUCCCUGCACGAUGGGAUGCGAAUCUGGAUAGAUGGCGCUCGCGGUAGCAAGGAUAGCGGGCUCGGAGGGGGUUUUCCCAAGACCACGGUCGAUCGCCUCGUCGACCGUCGCCUUGAAGGAGCGUCUAUGUGGUACGGCUUCAUCGCGACCACACGGGGUAGGUUCCCAAGCGGUACCAUCACUGUGCCAUCGGUAACUCGAUUAUUGGACAUGUGGAUGGAGUGGGGGACGGCAUUGGGUUUAGACGAGGAGAAAGAGCGAGUUUGGCAAGCGGCGUGUACUUGCUCAUGGCGAGCGUGCAUCAACUCCAUUGUGCCAGCACCUAAGCCUCUUAUGGUCUGCAAGGGAUGCCACGAGACCCGUUACUGCUCUGCCGCGUGUCAGAAGAGUGACUGGAAGCAAGGAGGACAUCGUGUGAAAUGUCGCCGACUGAAGGCAUAG